GAUCACAGAACAAUGACAAAAGACAAUUUCUGCUGGAGCGACUGCUGGAUGCAGUGAAACAGUGCCAGAUCCGCUUUGGAGGGAGAAAGGAGAUCGCCUCGGAUUCCGACAGCAGGGUCACCUGUCUCUGUGCCCAGUUUGAAGCCGUCCUGCAGCAUGGCUUGAAGAGGAGUCGAGGACUGGCACUCACGGCAGCAGCGAUCAAGCAGGCAGCAGGCUUUGCCAGCAAAACCGAAACAGAGCCGGUGUUCUGGUACUACGUGAAGGAGGUCCUCAACAAGCACGAGCUGCAGCGCUUCUACUCCCUGCGCCACAUCGCCUCCGACGUGGGCCGGGGAAUCUGCAGCACUUUUUAUGAAGACUGGUCUUUUGUGAUGGAUGAAGAGAGGUCCAGCAUGCUUCCAACCAUGGCAGCGGGUCUGAACUCCAUACUCUUUGCGAUUAACAUCGACAACAAGGAUUUGAACGGGCAGAGUAAGUUUGCUCCCACCGUUUCAGACCUCUUAAAGGAGUCAACGCAGAAUGUGACCUCCUUGCUGAAGGAGUCCACGCAAGGAGUGAGCAGCCUGUUCAGGGAGAUCACAGCCUCCUCUGCCGUCUCCAUCCUCAUCAAACCUGAACAGGAGACCGACCCCUUGCCUGUCGUGUCCAGGAAUGUCAGUGCCGAUGCGAAAUGCAAAAAGGAGCGAAAGAAGAAAAAGAAAGUGACCAACAUUAUCUCAUUUGAUGAUGAGGAGGAUGAGCAGAACUCUGGGGACGUUUUUAAAAAGACACCUGGGGCAGGGGAGAGCUCAGAGGACAACUCCGACCGCUCCUCUGUAAAUAUCAUAUCAGCCUUUGAAAGCCCCUUUGGGCCAAAUUCCAAUGGAAGUCAGAGCAGCAACUCAUGGAAAAUUGAUUCCCUGUCUUUGAAUGGGGAGUUUGGGUACCAGAAGCUUGAUGUAAAAAGCAUUGAUGAUGAAGAUGUGGAUGAAAACGAAGAUGACAUGUAUGGAAACUCAUCAGGAAGGAAGCACAGGGGCCACGCGGAGUCACCUGAGAAGCCACUGGACGGGAACACCUGCCUCUCCCAGAUGCACAGCUGGGCUCCGCUGAAGGUGCUGCACAAUGACUCGGACAUCCUCUUCCCUGUCAGCGGCGUGGGCUCUUACAGCCCGGCAGAUGCCCCCCUCGGAAGCCUGGAGAACGGGACAGGACCAGAGGACCACGUUCUUCCGGAUCCUGGACUUCGGUACAGCGUGGAAGCCAGCUCUCCAGGCCACGGAAGUCCUCUGAGCAGCCUGUUACCUUCUGCCUCAGUGCCAGAGUCCAUGACAAUUAGUGAGCUGCGCCAGGCCAUUGUGGCCAUGAUGAACAGGAAGGAUGAGCUGGAGGAGGAGAACAGAUCGCUGCGGAACCUGCUCGACGGUGAGAUGGAGCACUCAGCCGCGCUCCGGCAAGAGGUGGACACCUUGAAAAGGAAGGUGGCUGAACAGGAGGAGCGACAGGGCAUGAAGGUCCAGGCGCUGGCCAGAGAGAACGAGGUGCUCAAAGUCCAGCUGAAGAAAUAUGUAGGAGCUGUCCAGAUGCUGAAAAGAGAAGGUCAAACAGCUGAAGUUGUGCCAAGUCUUUGGAGUGUUGAUGGAGAAGUUACAGUAACUGAACAGAAGCCGGGAGAAAUUGCUGAAGAACUUGCAAGCUCCUAUGAAAGAAAGCUCAUCGAGGUGGCAGAGAUGCAUGGUGAGCUGAUUGAGUUCAACGAGCGCCUGCACAGGGCCCUGGUGGCCAAGGAAGCCCUUGUGUCCCAGAUGAGGCAGGAGCUCAUCGAUCUCCGGGGACCGGUGCCUGGAGAUUUGAGUCAAACCUCCGAAGACCAGAGUUUGUCGGAUUUUGAAAUAUCAAACCGGGCGCUGAUCAAUGUCUGGAUCCCCUCCGUGUUUCUCCGGGGCAAGGCAGCAAAUGCAUUCCACGUGUAUCAGGUCUACAUCCGGAUAAAAGACGAUGAAUGGAACAUCUAUCGCCGGUAUACAGAGUUCAGGAGUUUGCACCACAAGUUACAAAACAAGUACCCUCAAGUGAGGGCCUACAACUUCCCACCCAAAAAGGCCAUUGGAAACAAGGAUGCCAAGUUUGUGGAGGAACGAAGAAAGCAGCUCCAGAAUUACCUGCGCAGUGUCAUGAACAAAGUCAUCCAGAUGGUCCCCGAGUUCGCCGCCAGCCCCAAGAAGGAGACCCUCAUCCAGCUGAUGCCCUUCUUCGUCGACAUCGCCCCGCCCGGAGAGCCUGGGAACAAGAACAGCCGGCCCAAAGCGGCUUCCCGCUUCCCCAAACUGUCCCGAGGUCAGCCCCGGGAGACGCGAAACGUGGAGCCCCAGAGCGGCGACCUCUAACCUCGAUGGAACCCCAGCCACAGGCCCUACGCGUCGCGCCAGCUGCCUCCACCCCAGCCACUGCCGCUGGCCCCUCACCUCGGCGUGACGACCACGUCCACCCGGUGACCCUGAGAGCACACGAUCCCCACCAGUUAAAUGACACCCUGAUUAAACUGGUCAGUCUU